UCCGGGUCCUCAGCUGACAGUUUUUGAGAGCCGGUCCGGGUCGUGAACUGACAGUUUUUGAGCGCCAGUCCGGGUCCUGAACUGACAGUUUUUGGGCGCCAGUCCGGGUCCUCAGCUGUCAGUUUUAGAGCACCAGUCCGGGUCCUCAGCUGACAGUUUUUGAGAGCCGGUCCGGGUCCUGAACUGACAGUUUUCGGGCGAUGGAAAAAAAGACAAUCGGAAGCGAAACAUCUCCCUGGUUCUUCACGAUGAACUGACGGUGCCAAGAAUGCCGACCUCUCGGGCCCCCGGCCCGGCCGCCAAUGUAACCGACCCUCCCUGGGACUCGCGGUACGACUUUGCCAGCCAGAGUCCGACGUGGACCAACAGCGUCCUGAAGAUGGCGCUCAUCUCCCUCAUCGUGUGCGUCUCCUUGUUCGGGAACGUGGUGGUCCUGCUGGUGUUCCAGCGCAAGCCCCAGCUGCUGCACGUGGCCAACCGCUUCGUCCUCAACCUCCUGCUGGCCGACCUCCUCCAGACCGUGUUGGUCAUGCCCUUCGCCAUCGCGGCCACCGUGCCCGGGGUGUGGCCCCUGGACGCCCGGCUGUGCCAAGCCUUGGUGGUGCUCAUGCAUCUCUUUGCGUUCGCCGGCGUCAACACCAUCAUGGUGGUUUCUGUGGACCGCUACCUGGCCAUCAUCCACCCUCUGUCCUACCCCACCCGCAUGACCCCUCACCUGGGCACCAACCUGAUCGCGUGCACCUGGCUGCUCAGCUUGCUGCAGAGCACGCCGCCGCUGUACGGCUGGGGCGCCAUCGACUUCAACCGGCACCACGAGAUGUGCUCGGUGGUGUGGUCCUACAGCUUGUCCUACUCCGUGGUGGUGGCCACCUUCUCCUUCUGGCUGCCGGUUCUGGUCAUGCUGGGCUGCUACUGGAUGGUGUUCCGAGCUGCCCGGCGGCAGAACGCGCUGGUCCACCCCGUGCGGACGCGGUCCUACUCCCAGCCGUGCCCGCAAGACUUCCAGGGACCCCAACCGCAGCAGGCCAGCUCUCCGGAGAAGCCCUACUCGGCCGCUCGGGUGAGGCACCGCCGCUUCCGCUACCACUGCAAGGCGGCACGCGUGGUCUUCGUGAUCAUGGCCUCCUACAUCCUCAGCAUGGGGCCCUACAGCGUCCUCAACACCAUCUCCAUGAGCGCCAGAGCAGACGUGCCCCCGUGGUUGUCCUCCCUGGCUCUGGUGCUCUUCUUCCUGCAGUGCUGCCUGCACCCCUACAUCUACGGGUACAUGCACCGCAGCGUGAGGAAGGAGUUCCUGGCCUUCCUCUGCGGGAUGCUCUGCAAGCAGGGGCGCCCCGGCCAGAGCUCGGCCGCCGAGACUUGCCUCACCGCCGCGGCCGGGGAAGGACGGCGCUCCGGGGCGCCGGCGCACCUGCCCGGCCCGGCCGCCAGGGUCUUCCCGCUGCAGACGUGGGAGGAGUGCACCACCUCGUCGUCUCCCACGUUCGAGAGGCGGUCCAGGGACAGCCGCAAGGACACCACCUCCACCAGCGUCAGCUCCGACAGGGAGCUCACGGUCCACGGGAAGCAGAGUACGUAGAACUCCUUGGAACAUUUAUGGUACCUUUAGGGGUCCAAGGGAUGGGCUUGGGAACCUUUACCUUGGAGUCCAGGAGUCUAGACCAGCGUUUCUUCACCAUUGUUCAGUUGUAAUACCCUUGUCCGCCACUUGUGGCGCUCAUGACAAUCUCAACAAGCAGAAGAAGUCUGAAAGAAGUUUCUUAAGCGCAGAAAUGAUGACCAAAGUGGUGCAUCUGUUUAUUCCAGAAUCAUAAAUAUUGGAAAAUCAAGACUAAGAUGUUUUGUUUAGGGUUCAAAUUUGAGUGGGAAAGUUGAAAAAGGUUAAGAACCCCCGGUCUAGACGGUACUCCUACUUCUAAGAGUGUGGACACUGCAGUCGUCGGACUGAACCGAGAGAACUCUGGUGCGGUUCUACAAGGACCAGACACGGCGGUUCUGUCUUCAAAGUGUGUUUUUACAGGCCGUUGGUGCGAUCCAAGGUCCGGAAGGUACAAAACCUGUUCCAAGAUCCGCCCAGUCAAGUCUUUAUCACACAACUUUUGGUCCCGGGGACCAAACAGCCAAGUGAAGCGCACCAAAGUAUGUUUACUUUCUUUUACUAUACAGCAGUUCCUCAACUAUGAGCCUGUAACUCUAAACACUUGUAUCUCAAAUCAACACGAAAUUAAUUGAAAUCAAUUGGUGCUUCCCCCUUCAUAAAAAAUAUUAUUUAUAUUUAAUUGGGGCUGCAUAGCUCGGUUGGUAGAGCGGCCGUGCCAGCAACUUGAGGGCUCCAGGUUCGAUCCCCGCUUCCGCCACCCUAGUCACUGCCGUUGUGUCCUUGGGCAAGACACUUUACCCACCUGCGCCCAGUGCCACCCACACUGCUUUAAAUGUUAAAAGUUAAAGUACCAAUGAUUACCCAUCCCACCAAGCAACAAUAUCAGUGAUUUUAUUUUAUACCGACAAAAUUGGCUAAAAAUGCUAACACGCUAAUUGUUGGUGUUCUACAAAGAUAGCACCAAGCAACAAUAUCAGUGAUUUUAUUUUAUACCUACAAAAUUGGCUAAAAAUGCUAACAUGCUAAUUGUUGGCGUUCUGAGAAGAUAGCGCCAAGUAACAAUAACAGUGAUUUUAGUUUUAUACCGACAAAAUUGGCUAAAAAUGCUAACACGCUAAUUGUUGGCGUUCGUAGAAGAUAGCACCAAGUAACAAUAUCAGUGAUUUUAUUUUAUACCGACAAAAUUGGCUAAAAUGCUAACACGCUAAUUGUUGGUGUUCGUAGAAGAUAGCACCAAGCAACAAUAUCAGUGAUUUUAUUUUAUACCUACAAAAUUGGCUAAAAUGCUAACAUGCUAAUUGUUGGUGUUCUGAGGAGAUAGCGCCAAGUAACAAUAUCAGUGAUUUAAGUUUUCUACCGACAAAAUUGGCUAAAAUGCUAACACGCUAAUUGUUGGCGUUUUGAGAAGAUAGCGCCAAGUAACAAUAUCAGUGAUUUUAUUUUAUACCGACAAAAUUGGCUAAAAAUGCUAACACGCUAAUUGUUGGUGUUCUACGAAGAUAGCACCAAGCAACAAUAUCAGGGAUUUUAUUUUAUACCUACAAAAUUGUCUAAAAUGCUAACACGCUAAUUGUUGGCGUUCGUAGAAGAUAGCGCCAAGUAACAAUAUCAGUGAUUUAAUUUUAUACCUACAAAAUUGGCUAAAAUGCUAACACGCUAAUUGUUGGUGUUCGUAGAAGAUAGCACCAAGCAACAAUAUCAGUGAUUUUAUUUUAUACCUACAAAAUUGGCUAAAAUGCUAACAUGCUAAUUGUUGGUGUUCUGAGGAGAUAGCGCCAAGUAACAAUAUAAGUGAUUUUAGUUUUAUACCUACAAAAUUGGCUAAAAUGCUAACAUGCUAAUUGUUGGCGUUCGUAGAAGAUAGCGCCAAGUAACAAUAUCAGAUAUUACCCAUUACCCAUCCCCUUGUUCACCCCCCCCUGGGAGGUGAGGGGAGCAGUGGGCAGCAGCGGUGGCCGCGCCCGGGAAUCAUUUUUGGUGAUUUAAUUGGGUUUCACUAUGUAAAAGCGCUUUGAGUCACUAGAGAAAAGCGCUAUAUAAAUAUAAUUCACGUCACAUUUAAGAACUGAACGUGCAACAUUGACCUUGGACAGUGGACUUCUAAGGCAUCUCCUUCCCUUCCGUCAAACACAACAUUCAGCAGCUUCUCCAUAUUUUCAUGGAUAAAUGUCCGCCGUUAAGUUAUCAUUUCAACGUACUUGGUUGGACUUCAGUACGCUGCAGACUGGCAGUGAAACGUUGUCAAGGGUCAUGUUUUGGAUGAUUGAUUUCUUUAAUUCGCUCAGACUAUUCCACUUUUUCCGGUCUUUUCCAUCUCGACCUUCCAAUGGUGGCUAAAACAAAGGUUUUGUCCAUUUUAAACUGUAAGAUGAUGUUAGCAAGUAAGACCAAACGGUGUCUGACAGGCAAAUAUUUCUGCUGAUACACAACUUUUGUGUUUGCAACUUUAACUCUCCAGUCCCUUAACUCUCUCAAGUUGAGGUGCUGCUGUAUUGUAUUGUAUUGCCUUUACACUACGUCUAGAUAAGUGGUGUUGUACUCUAUAUGGAGGUCUAGGAUCCUGUGUGUACACUUUGUGUGUCCAUAGUGUGAGUGUGUGUACACUUUGUGUGUCCAUAGUGUGAGUGUGUGUACACUUUACCCCCAUACCAUCACACAUGCUGCCUUUUACACUUUCACCCUAGAACAGUCCGGAUGGUUCUUUUCCUCUUUGGUCCAAAAACAAUUUGAAAUGUGGACUCGUCAGACCACAGAAACACUUUUCCACUUUGCAUCAGUCCAUCUUAGAUGAGCUCAGGCCCAGCGAAGCGUUUCUGGGUGUUGUUGAUAAAUAGCUGUGGCUUUGCAUAGUAGAGUCUUUAACUUGCACUUACAGAUGUAGCGACCAACUGUAUUUAGUGACAGUGGUUUUCUGAAGUGUUCCUGAGCCCAUGUGGUGAUAUCCUUUACACACUGAUGUGGCUUUUUGAUGCCUGAGGGAUCCAAGGUGUGUAAUAUCAUGGCUUACGUGCAGUGAUUUCUCCAGAUUCUCUGAACCUUUUGAUGAUAUUACAGAGCGUAGAUGGUGAAAUCCCUAAAUUCCUUGUUGAGAAAUGUUGUUCUUAAACAAUUUGCUCAGGCAUUUGUUGACAAAGUGGUGACCCUCGCCCCGUCCUUGUUUGUGAACGACUGAGCAUUUCAUGGAAGCUGCUUUCAUACCCAAUCAUGGCACCCACCUGUUCCCAAUUAGCCUGUUCACCUGUGGGAUGUUCCAAAUAAGUCUUUGAUGAGCAUUCCUCAACUUUCCCAGUCUUUUUUGCCACUUGUGCCAGCUUUUUUGAAACACGUUGCAGGCAUCAAAUUCCAAAUGAGCUAAUAUUUGCAAAAAAUAACAAAGUUUUCCAGUUCAAACGUUAAAUAUCUUGUCUUUGCAGUCUAUUCAAUUGAAUAUAAGUUGAAAAGGAUUUGUUGUAUUCUCUUUUUAUUUACCAUUUACACAACCUGACAACUUCACUGCUUUUGGGCUUUGUGUAUAUAUAUAUAUAUAUAUAUUUAUAUAUGUGUAUAUAUUUUUUAUACAUAUAUAUAUAAUAUCACUUAUAUAGUACCUCAAGCAAGAAGCGUAUUGAUUAGAUUUUUAAAGAUGUUAACUUAAGUGUACUUAAGUCAAAUUGGAAACAUGUUAGAGAUGAUUAAAGUAUUCACAGCGCUUCACUUUUACCCACAUGAUGUUACAGCCUCAUUCCAAAAUGGAAUAUUCAUUUUUUGUCCUCAAAAUUACACACAAAAUACCCAAUAAUAACAAUGUGAAAAUAUUUUUUUUCUUCAUAAUUUUGCAUAUGUAUUCAUUAAAAAAAAAAUAAA